ACCAGCUGGACUGUAUGACAGAGGAAGAGAAGAGAGGACACUUGCUGCCUUUCUCCAGUAUAUAACUAGUUCUGCUAUUCACAGGGAUCUCAUACAACAGUAUCAGAAGAAAGGAGAACGUUCAGUUGAGGAGAGUGCUCAUCUUGUUGGCCUUAAACUACCUCAAGAAAAGAACUAAUUGAUACUAUAAAUGUACAUGUACAUACAUACAUGUGUUUAAUUACCUUUAUAAUCAUUAAUAAUAGUUUGGGUGUGGUUUAAAUAAUUAUAAAUUUAAAAUGGCGGGAGGACCCAUACAAGAAAGGAAUCAAGAUGCUACUAUAUAUGUUGGUGGGUUGGAUGAGAAGGUUUCUGAGAGUGUCCUCUGGGAGUUAUUCCUUCAAGCUGGACCUGUGGUCAAUAUUCACAUACCACGUGACAGGAUCACUCAGACCCAUCAGGGGUACGGGUUCGUUGAGUUUAUGGGGGAGGACGAUGCCGACUACGCAAUUAAAAUAAUGAAUAUGAUUAAACUGUACGGGAAACCAAUCCGUGUCAAUAAGGCAGCGUCAAACAUGAAGAGUCUUGACAUUGGUGCUAACCUCUUUAUUGGUAAUCUUGAUCCCGAGAUUGAUGAGAAAAUGCUGUAUGACAUAUUCUCAGCUUUUGGUGUCAUCCUGCAAGCACCUAAGAUAAUGCGAGAUGUCGACAGCGGUGGCUCCAAAGGUUUUGCAUUUGUCAACUUUGCUAGUUUUGAUGCUAGUGAUGCAGCCAUUGAAGCAAUGAAUGGACAGUAUUUAUGCAACAGACAAGUAUCAGUUUCGUAUGCUUUUAAGAAAGAGUCCAAAGGAGAGAGACACGGGACAUGGGAAGAGCGUUAUUUGGCUAAGCAGAGUCCCUUGCUACAGACCGACAGACCUCAUCAGUUGUUCGCUGACGCUCCUCCUAAAGCACCUGUUGCUAUAGCAGCAGGGUUCCCCAUACCAGCUGCCCCCAGCAUGGCUCCAGCCCCACUCUUCCCUGGUAUGCCUAAUCCUGUUCCCAUUCCUUCUCUAUUUUCUGCUGGAGGGCCCCCUCCCCCUGGCUUCCCUGGAAUGACUGCCCCGCCCCCUGGCCAUCAGCUCAUACUCCAUCAAAUACCAAUACAUCAAGCUGGUGUACCUUUAAUGGGUGAUAUGCAUCUUCCCCCCGGGGUACCUCCCCACCGACCCCCCGGAGCCCCUCCCCCAGGACCUCCUGGAGCCCUUCCCCCUGGGGUACCUCCCCCAGGACCUCCUGGGGCUCCUCCCCCUGGGGUUCCGCUCCCCAGACCCCCUGGGGGCCCUCCCCCUGGACCUCCACCAUCUCAUGUUCCUUUACCACCUCAAGCUGCUCCAGGUCCCCCUCCCCCUGGUGCCCCUCAUCAUGCUCCUCCUCCUCCUCACGGUAUGGGCGGUCCCCCUCCUCCUCCUCCCCAUGGCAUGGGAGGUCCCCCUCCUCCAGUACGUGGUUUGUUACCACCCCCAGGCCCCCCUGGUCCUCCUGUUGGGAUACCUCCUCCGGCCCCCGGGGGUCUGCCCCCUCCAGCUCCCCCCGGACAUCCCCUCCCUCCUGGACUCAUGUCACAAUGAAAGGCCAUUAAUUAUUGCUGGACUUUAAUAAUUAAGUAUUUCUUGUUAAUAAUUGUGAUACGUUUAUUUUAAAAGAAGUAUCAGUUGUAAUAUCUCAA